GUGGCACACACCAGGUGAAUGAGGUUAAUUAUGCUGAUGUGUUCCAGUCUAAGGGAUAAGAGCACUCACAGCAACAGCUGUGGCUGCUCAGCCAUGAUGGCUUUGUUUUGGCAAGGUGCAGUGCUGUUGAGUUUGGCAGCUGCUGGUUCAGUUUAUGCAGACAUGAAAUUGAACUGCUGGCCUGAUUUCGUGAUGCUGGUGUGGACAGAGAGCAGGUCACAGGCUGACUUUGCACGGUUUCGUCUCGGUAACUGUUCCCCGACUAGUUUCACAGCUAGUGAGGCUGUUUUCAAUGUGUACUUCAGUAACUGUAACUUCAGGAGACUGAUAACUGGGGAUCGAUUAAUGUACACAAAUGAACUGAGCUACGUUUCCUCUCCUGGUUCUGACCUGGCACAUACUAUAACUCAUCUAGUUGUCUGUUCGUAUAAAAGGCCCAAAGGCUGGCGUCCUCAGAUUUAUGAUGCUGUGUUCAAUACUUACAGUCAAGGACAUCUAGAGUUCCACAUUUCACUUGGGAGUGAUGAUUUCUCCAGCCCUGCUGCCUCUACUACAUUUCCACUGGGCUCCUUAAUGCCCAUCAUGGCCAGUGUGGAGCAGAAGGCCCAUCACCCUUUGCUGCUGCUUUUGGAGGAAUGUGUAGCUACCACUACACCAAAGUUGCAGCCAGACAGCAAAGUCUACCCACUAAUUACCAAUAAGGGAUGUCUCGUGGACAGUAAGACAUCACACUCUACAUUUAAACCAAGGAAAAAAGCAUCAGAGAUUCAUCUGGCCCUUCAAGCCUUCAGGUUUGCUCUUGGACAAGAGGUAUUUAUUCAUUGCCAGCUAGGCGUUUGGGAUCCUGCUGAUCUUGAUCCUGCCAAGAAGGCCUGCCACUAUGUCAAACAUCAUGGCUGGGAGCUAAUGGAUAAUCCUAAAAAAAGCAAUCUAUGCAACUGCUGUGACUCUACCUGCAAGUCUAGAAGCCUGAGGAGCAUAGCACCAGGGACGCUUGGGAUGGUACACAAUGCGCUCCUUGAGCCACAAAUCAUCACCGAGGGGAUUUCCUGAAGCAUUAAAGUAAAGAAAGAAAAGCAUUCCUAUUAUCUACCAGCUCCUCAGUGUGAAUUGGGUUUUUAUUUUUCUAACCGUGAAGCACGUGCUUGUUUUCUCAUCCAUCCAGAUGUGUAACCAAAUUGCUCUGAACUCAAAUUAAACCGGUUUUCUACAAUA